ACCAUCAUGUGACCACGUUUCCACACAACCCUCUCACACAGGACACCGUUAUUUAGAUAAAUAACCUCUACAAAAUGUUCCACAUUAUUUAUACUAGUAAGCAAGUAAACUAUUGCACCUAUAAAUCUGCACAUGCUAGGACUUUGUUAUCACUGACACGUUAGACCAAAAGGUUUACUUUCUAUCGUAAACAUCUCAACCAACAGCAAAAAGGUGGAACAUUUGAUCCAAGGUCAAAUCGAUGCUAUCAGUGUUUGAUUGUGUAAUCUGAUUGAAGCUCUUAUCCUGGUCUGGCGAUCGACACGGCAGCCUGCGCUAUGCGGAAGUAGUUUGGCACUCUGGAAUGAACCGUUGUUUACUUUGUCUUUUAAGUGGAUUGAUAUAAAUUAUAAACCUCGUCGGAGACUUUUGGAUGGCGGAUGAGGUGCAAAUCUCUCACACACUGCGCUUAACAGCGUGAAAACACGAGAAAAGCUCAAAAUCCAGUCAUUCCAGCACUAACUGAACAGCGAUAGAGUGAGAGGAUGCAGGUGAGCAGUCAGGAGGCUCCACCUGCCACAGGAGAGCGAACAGAGCCGAGCCGGAUGUCCAGUAAAGACACGUCAUCACCGGACAGCACGUCUGACCUGGUUAGCCCUCGGACCGCGACCUUUGACCUAUUCAAUAUGGUGGUCUCUUACAAGCGCAUGGCCAUCUUUCUGGAACCGGUUACAGAUGUGGUGGAGGUGCUGCGCUAUUUACUCGGGUGGAGAAUGCCUUUGUGUUCUCUCUUCUUCUGCAUCCUACUGAACGUCCUCUUCCUCACACUGAGUGAAGUGGUCUGGUUCUCUGUGUUCCUGAUGGCAUUCUCUGUCCCUGCUGUGCUUGGUUACCUUGGUGAUCGUUGCCAGCACGAUGGCAGUGACACAUCUGUGGAGAAAAAGAGUCACUACGCAGUGCAGCGCAGAGAGCUUCAGACCGUCCACAUGAGUCGCCAGGAAGCAAUGAUGGAGGUUAAGGGCCUAUUAAAGAGGCUGGAUGAGUUCCUGACCCAGGCGUGUGUAUACGCAGAGUCUGUGUAUAAGGUCUUGUACUGGGAGAGUCAUGUAGCCUCCUCUGCGUUUUACGGCCUCCUCCUGAUGACUGUGUGUUUGCUGUACAUGGCACCUGUAGGCUGGAGUCUGUCUCUCAUCAACAGCACCCUCUUCAUCUGGAACAAAGACUUUUGUAGGGUUGUGUGGCAGCUAAAGGACUUGUUCCGUUCAUCUCCAGUCCAGCCUGCAGAAGGAGACACAGAAAAGAGCGACCCAGACCCGAGCCAUCUGUUAGACCAAACUCCUACUCCCACCAGUCUGGAGGAUCUUUCACCAGGAAGUGUGGAGGAGGCUGAGGAGGCGGAGCCUGAUGAUGAGUUUAGAGACCCAAUAGAGGUGUGGCCUGCAGUCUCUGGGCUGACCAAAGCCCUGUGGAGACGAAUAAUUCAUAAGGAUGAUGAUGACAGUGCAGUGGGCGGAGCUGAUUACGACUCUGUGUCUGAUAACGGCUUGUUGAGCAGAAACGAGCCGAUACGCAGCCGUGUGUCCAAACUCACAGAGAAACUCCGCAAGCGUGUGCCCACUAAUCCCACAGGUAACUGUUCCAGCUGUGGCGCAGCGUUCUCUGUGUUAAAGAAGAGGCGUUCCUGCUCUAACUGCGGUCUGAGUCUGUGUUCUCGCUGCUGUUCCUACAAAGUGCUCAAGUCCAGUAUGGGAGCUACAGCUCCAGAGGCUCAGAGAGAGACGGUGUUUGUGUGCUCUCUGUGCAACACCUUUCUAUGCACGAAGUAGCCACCCCAUAAUAGUCCGUUCCAGCAUGUCCGGAAGCCUCCUGAGGUUCCUGUCUCAUAGCCGUGGGAAUCCUGCUUCCUGACUCAUCCCUCCUUCCUCCUGCUUCCUGUAAAGCUUCAGUAGGUGUUUCUGUUUCUGCUCGAGCGGCUCAGCGGGGCGCGAACCUCAGUCAGACUCUGUGAGAAGUAGAUCAUGACAGAUACGUGGUGACGGAGCUGCUGUAACUGUUCCUGCUAUUCCCUUUUGGCAGGUCAUGUGACCUCAACCUGUGCCGCACGUCUAAAUCUGUGGCUGUUCUUAUAAGUAAUCAGCUGAUUCGUUCAUUCCUCCCGACUGCACCUUUGAACCCUCGGCCCCUUCUGGUGUCGCGUUACAGAACCACCAAACUCUCAAAUCCUUUCUUUUUUGUAGACGUUAACGCUCCAGGACAAGCACAAGCCCCGGCUGCUUUUAGAUAUUUAUCCCCAUCUGCCCCAGAGUUUCAGCUUCAACGGUUCAAAUAUCAAAAGUUCUAAAAACACAACGCUAAAAGUCAGCGACCGUCGUCAGGUAUCAGGACGUAGCUCACCGCUAACUGGUGGUUGCUGGCUUCCGUUCAGUGUUAGCUGUGUUAGCUUGAUCAUCUUAUCAAUGCUUUAUUAAUAGCUCGCCGUUAUUGUUGUUGCCACGGCACUACGGUAACCCCUCCCACAUCUUCUCCCGGUAGUGACAACAACACCGAGAACGCGACCAUCGACCUUCUGUCAGAAAACCGUGUUGAGUUCUGACGGAUGGAGACGUGCACACGUGUUUAUCUAUUUACGUACGUGAAUACGCUUUAUCUCAGCAACAUCUGGAGGUUUUUUUUCUCGGACGAAUUCCACUGUAAUGCAGUCGUUUGUCCUGCGUGUUGUUUUAUCUGUCAGCAGCCGUAUUGCACAUCAGUGUUACUGUAAGACGUUACAUCGCCACAUCCACUGUUUCCUUGCUGUUUUUGUUAUUUUUAUUUUAAUCGACUGCUCACGCAACUGGCUCGUGCUCUCGACUCCCGAGGAUUCCCCGUGACCGUGAUGACUCAUCAGAGAGCCUUCGUCUAACGGCUUCCUCUUCCUCGGUGCCUGAGUGUCACAGUGUUUCCGAUCUCCAUUCUUCUUCUCAUCCUUUAUAUCACUGUUUUUUUCAGAUGUAUGGAAAAGGGGUUUAGAGAGAGAGAGAGAGAGAGAGAGAGAGAGAUGAGUGUGGUUUUGUUUUCUCAUUUAUCAUGGUUCAUUUUAAUCAUUUUAUUGUUUUUUUUUUGUAAAGAUGCUACUGAAUGUAAGAUGUUUCUAUAUUUUAACUGUAUGAUCUCUGUACUGUAAGACGUCUGUAUUAAAGCUCUGUCUCUGGACUCUGUCGCUUCCUGAGCAGCGUGGAGCUCAACCGGUUCACAAGUUCAAUAAAUGCGGUUAGAGAAAUAA